UGUCCUACAUGUGUGGAUGUUGCUGAGUUAUAUAAAACUAUCAGAAUAGUUUUUCCAAUUUUAGAAUGGGGUGCCUCAAGACUGUCCAUAAUUUGAAAAGGUGCCUCAGGACUGUCCAUAAUUUUAAAGGGUGCCUCAAGACUGUCCAUAAUUUGAAAGGGUGCCUCGGGAAUGUCCAUAAUUAUAAAGGGUGCCUCAAGACUGUCCAUAAUUUGAAAGGGUGCCUCGGGAAUGUCCAUAAUUAUAAAGGGUGCCUCAAGACUGUCCAUAAUUUAAAAGGGUGCCUCAAGACUGUCCAUAAUUUGAAAGGGUGCCUCAGGACUGUCCAUAAUUUGCAAGGGUGCCUCAGGACUGUCCAUAAUUUGAAAAAGUGCCUCAGGACUGUCCAUAAUUUGAAAGGGUGCCUCAAGACUGUCCAUAAUUUGAAAAGGUGCCUCAGGACUGUCCAUAAUUUGAAAGGGUGCCUCAAGACUGUCCAUAAUUUGAAAGGGUGCCUCAGGAAUGUCCAUAAUUAUAAAGGGUGCCUCGGGACUGUCCAUAAUUUGAAAGGGUGCCUCAGGACUGUCCAUAAUUUGAAUGGGUGCCUCAGGAAUGUCCAUAAU